AUGUCCUCAACGCAACCACCAGUCCCUCCACCGGAAAACAACAAUGAGAAGCAGCCAGAGCCAACACCAACGACCUCCACAGAACCAAAUGCAAUGGACACUACGCCAGACCAACCCGCUGAAGAGACCUGGUCUGACAUUCCCGAGGACAUCAUGGGACUGAGCACCGACGAGAUACUUACACGGAUACGGCUAAUUGACAAUGACUUGAAGGUCAUGCGCUCGGAGACGCUGCGUUUACAACACGAGCAGAAUGUCAUGAAGGAGAAGAUCAGGGACAACGGAGAAAAGAUCAAACAGAACAAGGUGCUACCAUAUUUGGUCGGAAAUGUGGUCGAGAUACUGGAUGUGGACCCAGAAGGAGAGGAGGAUGGGGCCAACAGAGAUCUGGAUUCCAUGCGGAAGGGCAAGUGCGCGGUUAUCAAGACCUCAACACGGCAAACCGUAUUCCUUCCCCUCAUUGGUCUUGUCCCCGCUGAGCAGCUGAAGCCUGCGGAUCUCGUGGGAGUAAACAAAGACUCGUAUCUCGUCCUCGACAAGCUCCCGGCCGAAUUUGACUCGAGAGUCAAGGCAAUGGAAGUUGAUGAGCGACCCACAGAGACUUACACCGACAUUGGUGGUCUGGAGAAGCAGAUCGAGGAGCUCGUUGAGGCAAUAGUCCUUCCCAUGGAACAAGCCGAUAAAUUCAAGACACUCGGAAUCAAACCUCCAAAAGGCUGUCUUAUGUAUGGUCCUCCUGGAACUGGUAAGACUUUGCUAGCGCGUGCUUGCGCGGCGCAGACGCAAGCGUGCUAUCUGAAACUUGCUGGCCCGUCGUUGGUGCAAAUGUUCAUCGGUGAUGGCGCGAAGCUCGUCCGCGACGCAUUCGAGCUUGCCAAAGAGAAGGCGCCUGCGAUCAUCUUCAUAGACGAACUGGACGCUAUUGGAACCAAGCGGUUCGACUCGGAGAAGAGCGGUGAUCGAGAAGUACAGAGGACCAUGCUAGAACUUCUAAAUCAACUAGAUGGUUUCAGUAGUGAUGAACGAAUCAAGGUUAUUGCUGCGACAAACCGGAUUGAUAUCCUAGAUCCUGCUCUCCUUAGGUCAGGACGAUUGGAUAGAAAGAUUGAAUUCCCGCUACCUGAUGAGACCGCACGCGCACGUAUUCUCCAAAUUCACUCACGGAAGAUGUCUUGUUCUCUGGAUGUCAAUUACGAGGAGCUAGCGAGGAGUACAGACGAAUUCAACGGUGCUCAGUUGAAGGCUGUUUGUGUGGAGGCUGGCAUGAUUGCCCUUCGUGAAGGUGCUACGAAGUUGAAUCACGAGCACUUCCUCAGUGGGAUUUCGGAGGUCCAGAGCAAGAAGAAGAAUGCCCUCGUAUACUUCAUGUAG